CCUGCAGUAUAAAGCUGGGCAGGUCCCGCCUGAGCUAGAAUAAAACAACUAACAUCUCCACAAAGUGAAGACAGAACCUUUGCCAACGAAACUUGGCUUCAUAUAGACUCUGAAGAAAAAGGCCGACUUCAACAUGGCUAGCUUGGCAGACAAGUUGCAGAACUUGCGAUUGCAGUCCUUGAAAAGUGGACAGGCCUUAAAAGAGGCCAUUCUUUCUGAAGAUCACUAUAUCGAGGCAUACGUCCUGAGAAGUCUUGGAGACCUCCAUCUUCAGAAAGGCAAGCUAAGUAGAGAGUCGUCAGAGUUCGACAAGGCUGCUGCCCUGUAUGCCGCUGCACUACAACUGUGCUGGACAGAUCCGCACAUGGGACAAACGGUUCAGCAUCGUAUCGGCUACUUAGAAAAACUCUCCAGAAAACUUCCGCAUAGGUAUGCCCCGCAGUAUCAGUGGUUGUCACCAGAUUACUGGGGUAUUGCUGACAGCAAUGUCUUGAGGGUGGCAGAAAUUUGUGAUAAGUUGGACAGAAGAGUCGGUACGCCCUGGCAUUCUGUUGAGGAGGCAUACGCAGAAACACUAGUACAAGCAAUGGCAAACGGUGACAUGUUCUUGGAGGUCGAGGUUCUAAAAUCUCUUGGUGAUCUCUACCUUCAAAAAGGCAGAGAAAACUCUCAGGCUGAUGUAUCCCAAGUUUCCAAGGCGUCUGUCAUGUACAGCAAAGCUCUAACAAGAUGCCAAGACUCUGGAUCGAAUUUAAAACAGACAUUGAGGCAUCGUAUCGGAUACACGGACAAUAUCAUUGAAGCAGUAAGAAGGCAAGCAUCACGAUCGAGAAGAAGAAGGUUGAGGAACACCAUCAGAAGUGACGUUAAUCAGAAACAUUAUCUCCAUCCAGAAUCAAGUAUUUCCUUACAAAGCCAACACAAGGACCAUCUCAAGGAGGGUGAAUCAUCUCUUGCCAAAGCAGACCUGGACUCAGCAGAGCAGCACUUUGCAGCUGCACUUAAGACGGUACAUGCGAGCGAUCCCACACCCCAGCAGUACCAGAGAGAGGUGGAGCCCCUGUGCAAGUUGGGGGAUAUCUACAGUAAGCGAGGUCAGCAGACAGGGGACGGGGGAGACUUUGUCAAAGCAGCAGCACUCUACAAUGCAGCAAUAGCAAGGUCAAAGGAUAAGAUUCUUAUUGGUAAUAUUGCAACAGCUAUUAGAUACGUAGGGAAGUCAUUUCUUAAAUGUAUCUUAGAUAUUCGUCGCAAUGUGCGGAAAGAUAACACAGAAAAACACAAGAAACAACUGAAGGAGAUGCGGGACCAGAUCAAGCUGGAGAUGGAAACCAUUGACCAGCAGCUGGAUCCCUAUGUACAUUAUGAGGAUGACCCAUGUGUCAGAGAGAUAGAGGCAAAACGAGCUCAGGCUGUCAGGCAGUUGUUUGAGAAAAUUGCACAACAGAGAAAGGAGUUCAUCACUCUGCUUGUAGAUGAGUGUAUUGGGUUAGUGGGUCCCCCUCCCUGUAAGUAUGCCCUGAUAGGUUUGGGUUCACAGGCCACAGGACUGGUAACUCCAUACUCAGACCUGGAGUUUGCCAUCUUGGUAGAGAAAGAAAGCGAACGAUGUCUUGUUUAUUUCCGUAACCUCACCCACUACCUACACCUCAAGGUGGUCAACCUGGGAGAAACCAUUCUCCCAGCACUGGGAAUAAAAUCCCUCAAUAAUUUCUACUCUGAGAACCCAACUGACAACUGGUACUAUGACUCUGUUACACCACGUGGAUUUUCUUUCGAUGGGUCCAUGCCAAAGGCAAGCAAGACUCCAUUGGGCAGGCAAGGAACUAUGAACGAACCACCUAGUGAACUCAUCUGCACCCCAAGCAAUCUGGUUUCAAAACUACAAAAUGAUGUCACGCUAUACCUAAAGGAAGGAUAUCAUCUUGCCACCAUCUUGAGAAACCCUUGCCUGAUACAAGGAGACCAGGAUUUGAUUGACACAUACAAGUCCUCUAUAAUGAAUCUACUAAAAGAGCAUGGAGGUAGAAUGGCCCAACAACUGACAAAUGAGACACUUACGGAAAAGACUCAAAGGCUCACAUUAAAAGGUGUACAAGCAACCACUGUGACAGCAACGCUGAUUGAUGUAAAGAAAGACCUCUAUCGCUUCCCAGCUGUAGCAGUGGACUGCUUGGCACUGUAUUCAGGCAUCAUACCUACCACAGUUUGGGAGACAAUUAAAGAAAUGGAAAAUCAACAAGUGAUCAGUCCUAACAAUGCACAUCACCUGACGGUGCUUACCGGCAUCUCAGCAGAACUCAGGCUCAGAACCUAUAUUGAAAAUUGCGGACAAAAUGAAAACCUGUCAGCUUUGGCCUCAAUGGAAAGAAUGUUACCUGUACAUGGUCAAGAACCAUCCUUACUGACCGAUGAUGAAGAAAAUACAAAUGCGCUGAAGCCUGUUUUCCACAUAAAAAAUCCAAAACAGCUUUUCAGAUACUAUUAUACAUCAAUCCCUCUUGAAAGAGCUUUGUGGAAAUUGUCAGAAAAGGGUCAACUGCUAUCUACUUCCUUUGAUUUUUAUGAUAAAUCUUCCGCAGUACAAGGAAGGAUGUACUCUGGGCUUUGCAAAUACAGACUGGCUAUCAACUACUAUAGUGAGGCCUUGAAGGAAGAUGGUAAUACCGCCGUUGAUAAGAUGGAUCUGUUUCUGGCUCUUGGAGAUGCUUGGAACAAUGUCGGUAAUUUCAAAACAGCAAUGUGUUACCUCGAGCAGGCACUGCAGAUUCACAGAAGUAUCUAUGGUUAUCAGAAUAAAGAAAACUCUGACAUCAUUAAUUAUCUGGGGAUGACCUGCCACUAUUUGGGCGAUUACAAUAAAGCAAUUAGCUACUAUAAACAGGCACUGCAGAUGAAGGAGAGUAUCUAUGGUCAAACGUCGGCACAUCCGGAACUUACCACGCCACGUCUCUCUAUAUAUAAUGCAGCACAUCCUUUCAGUAUACUCAACAACAUAGGUUUAUCCUGUGUUUUGUUGGGUGAUUUUAGACAAGCUAUUGGGUACUACCAACAAGUACUUCAAAGCUGCAAAAGAAUGUAUGGUGAAAACACCGCACAUCGUGAAACUGCCAUUGUACUUAAUAACUUGGGGCAGGCAUGGCAGGGCAUGGGGGAUUACAGAAAAGCAAUCAGCUACUAUGAACAGGCGCUGCAGAUGAAGAAGAGUAUCUAUGGUCGAAUGUCGGCUCAUCCGGACUUUCCUCUGGCACUAAACGCCCUGGGGACAGUCUGCCUCGAUCUUGGUGAAUACAGGAAGGCCAUAAGCUACAUUGAACAUGCCCUGCAAAUGUUCAGGAGUAUUAAUGGCCAGAGUACAGCACAUCCUCACACUGCCAUCACACUCAGCAACCUGGGGCGAGCCUGGGAAGGGUUGGGUGACCACUGGAAAGUUAUCAGUCACUAUGAAGAGGCAUUACAGAUGCUCAAAAGUAUACAUGGCCAGACUGCUCGUCAUAAAGACAUUGCGAUCAUACUGAACAACCUUGGGAAAGUGUGGCUAACUCUUGGUGAUUACAGAAAAGCAACAAGCUACUUAGAAUCGGCACUGCAAAUGCACAGGAGCAUACAUGGUCAGGGUGUUGCACAUCCUAAUGUUGCCGGGUCACUUAGCAACAUGGGGGAAGUCUGGAGAAAUCUUGGUGACUUCCAAAACGCACUAAGCUACCAUGAACAGGCACUGCAGAUGCGCAGGAGUAUCUUUGGACCGACAAAUAAACAUCCUGACAUUGCCGAGUCACUUAACAACGUGGGUUUAGUCUGGAUCCAUGUUGGUAACUGCAAGAGAGCAAUUAGUUACAUUGAAGAGGCACUGCGUAUGUACAGGAGUAUCUAUGGUCAGGGUGCUGCACAUCCUAGAAUUGGCAUGACACUCUCCAACCUGGCAGCCGCCUGGAUGAAUAUUGAUUCCAGGAAAGCAGACAGCUAUUUAAAACAAGCACUACAGCAUCUAUUGACCAACUCCUGAACAGUCUAUUCACUCCGAUCCACGACCAUGUUUACAUGGCUUGGAAGGCAAACAAACAAAACGGUGUCCGGGAAUUCGAAAACAUACUAAACAGCAUGUACAGUGGGAAUUAACAGGACUGAAGAAUAUUGUUAAAAUCCGCGGAACAGCAAAGCUGACCACACAUACGUAUCCUCCUCUGCCUCAAGCAUGAUGAUCUCUCUAUGUUUUUGUCACACGUUUUCACUGCGAAUACUCACAAGAAAAUUCUAGGAAAUUAACGGGCCCGUGAUAUCAUACAAAACUUGGCUUCCGAGUAGCAAAGUACGCGGUAUUUAAAGUAAUCUGCAAGCAAAUGUAUAACAAUUAUGCUUGUUUUGUGUCUUUCAAUUCUCUUCUGAUUUCCCCUUUGCAGAGGUGAAGUUCACUAAUUUGUUUUAUCGAUUUACCAUGUAUAGGAAGGGGUACAUUGUACUACAUGUAUGUAUAGCAGAUAUAUAUUUUUGUAAAAUAUAUGUAGUAUAAAUGUGUAAGAAAAGUAUGGAGUUGAAAUGUGACAAACCUAUUUUUGUUAAUCCACCGUUAGAGUUAUACAUAAAUGUAUGCAAGGUGUAUACUAUUUGUUGUUGAAAUGUACAUGUAACUUGAGUGGACGAUUAACUAAAUUUAAUUUAGUGUAUUGUGAGGAGUAUAUAGACAUUAUUUAGCAAAUAUAAUGGACUGCGUUAGGGAAACUGUUACUCCAAUCAUGUUUAUAAGCUAGAUGUUAGGGCUAAGAAGAACAACAGUAAAAUCAUGUAAAUGGUUAGGCCACACCUAUUUCAUUUGUCUUUGGAUUUAUUUAGGAAAUUAUAUAAUAAUGAAACGGUUUUUUGUAAAAAAAGGAAACUAUAGGAAUAAUGUGAUAGCCAACAUGCUAACAUAAGAGCCACAAAGUUAAGUAAACAUAGUUGAUAAUUUAUGCAGUAAAUCUUGAACUUUUAACUGAAUAAACGCAUUGGUGAAUAGGAAGGAAAAAAUAUAACGGCUACAGAGACGUGGGCAUUCUUUAACUGUUGGCACGAAAACAUCAGUAUUUUGGGAUUGAUUCUGAAUAUUUUUUUCAUAUUAGAAAAAAAAAUGAA